AUGGCGAGUGACGACCUCGUCUGGAGUGUCAUCGGCACCGAUUUCUGCAGCUUCAAGCUCAAGACCACAAAAGAUCAAGUCUUCUGUCGCAAUGAGCACAACGUAUCGGGUUUCUGUUCGAGACAGUUCUGUCCUUUGGCGAACUCGAGAUACGCCACAAUUCGAUCUGACCCGGCAACUGGAGCACUAUAUCUGUAUAUUAAGGAAAUUGAGAGAGCCCACACCCCAAAUAAGUGGUGGGAGCGGAUCAAGCUUCCUAGGGACUAUACGAAAGCUUUAAGCCUUGUGGAUGAGCACUUGCAAUAUUUCCCGAAGGUCCUGCUCCAUAAAUGCAAGCAACGUCUUACCAGAUUGACUCAGGUCAAUCUUCGCAUCAAAAAGCUUGCGAAGGAAGAAGAGCGUCUUGGAGAGAGGCUAGUCCCGCGUCUGGCGCCUAAGGUCUGGAGGAGGGAAGAGGGCCGAGAACGCAAGGCACUCGCAGCUGCCAAGGUCGAGCGUGCGAUAGAACGGGUUCUUAUCGACCGCCUACGCUCCGGUGCAUACGGCGAUCGCCCGCUCAACGUCGAACCAAAUGUGUGGAAGCGCGUUAUGAAAGGAUUGGAGAAGGAAGGCGCGCAGCGGGACGAAGAUCUGGACGACGGUGUUGAGGACGAGGACGAAGUUGAAAACGAAUACGAAAUGGAGAAUGGUGCGGCUGAUGUUGAGUAUGUGAGCGAUAUUGAGGGAGAGUCCGAUGAUGAUCUCGAAGACUUCGAAGACUGGGUCGGCGGUGACAGUCCGGAUGAAGCAUCUGACGACGAUGAAGAUGAGGACGAGGAUGAGGAAGGCAUUCCAAGCGAGGACGAUGAUGACCAGGCGGAAGAUGAUACAGAGGCGCUCAAGAAGACCCUUGCGAAUCUCAAGCGCAAGCGACCAGCUGGCGAGCCGCCGAAGCCGAAGAAGAAGCCGGCCAAGGACGGGAAAGGUCCCCGACGCGAGAUCGAAUACGAGAUCGAAAGGGAGCCCGCCGCAAGGGAGCUGUUGCGCGCAUAG